CGUUCAGAUUGAAAUCGUCUGAUGAUCCAGAUUGCUUUACCGCGGGAGAGCAAUUCCUAUAAUAUCGGACCUCUUAAUGGAAACAUAUAAAUAUUUUAAAAUAAUCAGUGCAUAAAGGAAAGCUCUACGAUGUUGGCUGAAAGUGUUGCCUUUGUCAACAAAUUUCAGGGAGGUGCAGAUGAGGAGCAUAAUAUAUUUGAAUGUAGACUUUUUCUUGGAAGACUGGUUCAAGAUUACCUGACAGACUUUCACAAAUUUUCACAGAUGUUGGAAAAGUCAUCCAACAGCAUAGAGUGUCACAUGCCCCUCAAGUGCUGUGCCCUGCUUCUACGCCACUGCAGCGAGGUUUUCUUGCCUGCACCUGUCACCCACUCCGCGGACACGCCUCCUCUUGACAGGGGACCAACCAAUGAUGAAGACACUACAUACGUCACUGAUGCAGGGUUUCUGUGGUGGUACGUGUCUCGAAUCACUGUGCUGCUAGGGCAGUUCAAUUGUAAGGAGAUACACGAGUUGACCCGGGACACUAUUGUGCAACUUCUACAGGCGGUCAAGGCGCGAGAUUCGUACGAGUACAGCAGAUUGCUCAGAGAACUUGUUAUUUUUGUCGCAGAUUUGGUUCAGAUCAAUGAACAGAUGGUUGAGAUGCAAAUAGAAUCGGCAAUCGUUCAUCGCUUCCAGGUUAAUAUGGACCAAGUGUGCAGAAGUCUAUUUGAACAACACCAUAGGCAGUCCCCCUGUGCUGUCACAUUGACCAGAGCAGAUUUCAGCCUGUCAGAUCAAGAAACUUGUGAACAGAUGCUGAUCAACCUUUUGCGUGUGCUGAUGCGUGUGGCUGGAGAUGUAUGUGGGUUUUGUCUGGAGAGUCAGGUCAUGGCCCUUGCUGCCGGGGCCUGCUGUCUGCUCGAGAUCGGAGAAAUAGACAUGAAAAUGGAGAGUUUGCAACUGCUAGCAGUGUUAGUUAGGGAUUGCAGAUUAAUGAUGAAAGAUUCUGAACUCUGUGACUACCUCCUUGACACUGUGCUCUCUGUAGUACAACUGCUGUGUACAGGACUACCCAGGGUGCAUGAUCUCAGUGACAGUGACUGGUGUGAGUUUGAGCGCUGUACUGGCCACUUCCUGGUUGUCCUUGUGGAGCAGUGCAGCUGUGAGUGUUAUGGUCUGGAGAGCACUGCCCUGAGCGAGGUGUUGGUGCGUCUGGGGGACAUCCUUGGGUUGGAGGGGAUGGGCAGGUUGAGGACUGACUAUUUACAGGCAGCCCUGCACAGGCUCGUUGGCCUGAUCCUGGACAAGCUGUCCCUCGACUACCAGAGGAGCCUCACCUGCAGGCCACACAUCAGAAGGCUCGUGAGCGCCCUCAUCACACAGAUUGGCUGCUCGACAAACCUUCAGUAUGUGGUGAGCCCCCUGGUAAAAGUCAUCCUGAGUGAGCUCUCCACCCUCCUGCCAACCGCAGAAACCACAACUGCUGUGACAACCGGCACUGGUAACAACACACCAAAGCCAGGAAAUAAGCAUUCAAAAAGGAAAUUGGAUGAAUCAAGUGUGCCAGUGCCCAAGCUGAAUAAGAUGAGUAUGACAUACCAAGAGCUCCACUCCAAACUGGAGGACCUCCUGCAACAGCCGCUCCAGGGUUCUGUGAGCCGGAAGGCUGAGGGUGUUCAGAUCAUCAUGGAGCUCAUCACUUCCUGUGUCCAGCUGGUGCCAAAAUCCAACGCUCGGUUUUUUAAAGAGCUUGGGAAGCUGUCCAGCUGGUUAAGUAAUGAAAAUCUCCAGCAGAUCUUUGGCUUUCUGUUCAGAGCUUUGCAGCACCUGACAGAGUCAAGUACAGCAGAUGAGAUGAACAUGGUGUACCUGAGCGUCCUGAAGACAGUGGGUGCCCUGCUAGCAGUACAAGACAGUGCUGACUUGGAAAAUGACCUAUACCAAAGCCUGGGCUGGAUUGCAUCAUUGCCAUGGCUGCUGAAUGAUCCAUCAUGGAUAGAUUUGAAGCCAACAAACACACGUGACAUAGUCAAGAUAUCUUGCAUAGUUGUUCCAAAAUUAGGUGUGGAGAGCAGCAGUGAGUGUUUACUUGUGCUGGCCCUGCUGCCCAAGGAGGUUGUACACAAGUGGAGAGUGCAUGUCUUCAGGCAGGCCAUGUGUGAAAGUGAACCAUGCAUAAAGAGAGCAGCCAUUUUGGCUUUCCCUCUUCUGUUGUUCAACCUGGGACCAAAUGCCAACCACCUGGUUUAUGACCUUUUACACCCGAGUGUACAGGAGAAGGAUGUGUCUGUGCAUGCUGUUCUGGCCUGUGUUGCUGGCCCACUGGCCUGUGUGGUUAGCAGGAAGGCGCUGGUUCAUAGAGACUGCCAUGUAUCUGGUAGUUUGCCUUUGUACAAAAGGAUCAGAGUGGAGUGCCUCUCAUGUGACAGUUGUGCCUUAUCUGAUGUGACAGCUAGUCCCCGGGAGAGGCCUCGUCUGGUGGAUGCCAACAUGUUCCUGCCAUUUCUACAGUUGGUUUCUUCAGAGGAGGCACAUAUAAGACUAGCUCUGGUAGGCAGUAUGCGGCGGAUGUUUGGUCACGUUGGAGUUCGCAAGAACAACCCGGCCUCAAUCAACAUUUUCAACCAAGCCCUCGGGCUGAUGGAAGAUGACAACUACGAUAACAGGGUCACCUUCAGCAAGGUGAUAGAGCACCUGCUGAAAGAGCAGACGUGUGAGGACGUUGACAACGCCAACAAGCUGAUCCUAACCAAGCUUCGUGAGGCCUUCAUACGCGCCAAGGCAGACGGCAACACUCGUGUUCAGGAGACCUUACUGCUCACCAUAGCACAGCUUGGCCGUGUGUCAGAAGGCGAUGUGCUUGUGGUGGUGAUCAUCAACCUAUUGGAAAGCAUGUUGUCCCCCCAGCCUCAGGUGGCUGCAGUUGCAUACAUGCAGUUGAAGGAUAUCGCGGAUCACAAGAAGACAAAGACCCAGAAUCUGUUCAUGCGUUGCCGGCGUGAUGUGUGCAAGUUCUUGGUGGAUGCCAUGCAUGAUGCCCAGAGUGGCAGCAUGGGCAAGUCAGGGGAGGAGAUACUGUCUGAGGUUGCAAGCGUCCUGGGCUUUCAAAACAUAAAGGCAUUCCUCUCGGGCACAGAGAAAUUUGUUGUGCCGUACCUGGUUAGCAAGCGGUCUGUGGCUGCCUCCAAUCUCAUCAAGAUGGUAGCAACACAACUGGAGGUUGCAAGUCGUAGUAAGUUGCUGAUCAACAACACAAAGUAUGUGUUCUCAUACCUGGUGAGAACCAAACCGGACAUGACUGAUCUGCAGACAGCCAUACAGUAUCUUCAGAAGGAGACCGGCUUUGAUCUGCCUAACCUCCUGCGUAUCAAUUUCCAGCAGGUGCACAAUGAACUGCUACUGCAUCUGAGUACCAGCUAUUCCCAAGUGUUCAACGGCCUGAAGAUGCUGUCGAUGAAUGAUGAGGAUUUCAAGAGUGGCCCCAUCUCAACAAGUGAGGAGAUGGCAGCCUACCUGCAGCCCCGCAUACUGGGGGUCCUUGCACACUUUGAUUCACAGCUUCUGAACUCCAGUCUACCCAUGGAGGAAAAGAGGCCUGUACUGGACAGCCUUAUCUCAAUUAUGCGGCUGAUGGGAUCAAAGAUCAUCAGUGGUAUCCGCCACAAGGUGAUGAGCACCUUGCGUAUCGGGCUUGAGAUCAACGACAGUGUUUUCAAGGAAAUCUCAUGUAGAGCAUGGAAUUGCUUUGUACGCAGCCUGGAAUUGCCAUUUCUGGGCCAGAUGCUUCCACAGAUUGUGGCAACUCUGCUGCCUCUCCUACAAGAGCUCCCCAAGCAUGUGGCCACCAUCAUCCACUACAUGAUUGUGGAAAACAGGGCCAGUCUAAAGGACCAUUUCAAUGAUGUGUACUUCCUGCCUGACAUCCCGGAGCUGGCUGACGCCAAUUCAAUACUCAAGAACCACACAGAUGUCCUCUCAAGCCAGCUGGAUUUCCGCAGCCAUGUGAAUCACUCUCUGCGUGGCAUACAGCAUGAGAGCCUGGAUGUGAGACUCCAUGCCCUCUCCAAGCUGAAGAGCAUGCUUAAAGAGAAGCAGCUUUCAUUUGCUCAGUUGGUGAUGGAAAAUGAGACAGCUGACUCUUUGGUGUCAAAACUCAUUUCUGUGCUGUUGAAGGGAUGCCGGGAGCCAGAUAUUAGAGCCCAGCGCCUGUAUGCAGAAUGCCUGGGGCUGUGUGGAGCCAUUGAUCCUGGUCGCCUUGAACUAGCUGCUAACAAUCAAGAAGCAGAAAGGGCCAACUUUCAGUAUAGCAUCCACAAGGAUACGUUUGCUGUGGCGUUGAUUAAUGAGGUGGUGAAGUCGUACUUGGCGGCCACAGAGCCGAGGAUCCAGGACUGCUCGGCCCUCGCCCUGCAGGACUUGCUCUCCAUCUACACCAUCUCUGACACUAGCACUGACGAGCGCAUUAACAAACUGUGGAGCCAGUUCAGCAGCCAUGUCAAGGAGAUCCUUCUACCUUUCAUGAGUACCAAAUACAUUUUGGCUCCCACUCAAAAUAACUGGUCGAACCUUCAGAAACCAAUUUAUGGAUCAAAGAAAGGCAACUCUUUUAAGGACUGGGUAUCCACUUGGACAGGGUAUCUUUCUUCAAAGGUGCUGGAGGAGAGUAAGGCACAUCGUGUGUUCAAAGCGUGCAGUGCAGUGAUAAAGUUUGACCUCCACAUUGCCCUCUACAUUCUGCCCUAUGUGGUCUUCCAUGUGCUCCAGGACGGCUCAAGCCAGGACAUUGAUGAGGCUGUGGGGGAGAUCAUUGAGGUUCUUACACAGGUGACAUGCAUGGACAGCAAGAACAAGGGAGACAACCUGCACCACAUGAGUGCCCAGACCAUCUUCUCUGUCCUUGAUUACCUCACCAAGUGGAAGUACCUCAGCCUGCAGAUAGGCACAGCAGAACCUAACAGUAAAGAGUGGCGAGGUCGUGUGGAAGAGUUUUUGUACAAGAUACCACAGGACAAGCUGGCACAAGCCUCAUUCCGCUGCAAAGCCUACACCCGCGCCCUCAUGCACCAUGAACUGCACAUUAGAGACAAGGCACAGCUCUCCAAAGAGGAGCUGGACUUCAUGCAGAGGCUGUAUGUUGAGCUGGAUGAGCCAGAUGGGGUGCAGGGUGUGGCAGCCAUCCGUAUGUCCGCACCCUCCUUACAGGAGCAGAUACUCACAUAUACAGGCAGGCAGGGUUGUCAGAUAGAGCUGCAGGUGUGCUAUGAGCAGGCCCUCCAGGCAGAGCCAGAUGAGUUGAGCCAUCACCAAGGCCUGCUGCGCUGCUUCAUGGACCUCAGUCAGCCCUCUCUGGCCCUGCAGCAUGCCUCUGGGGUCAUCAGCAACAGGGUUUUGAAGGACGAUUGUAAAGCCUGGAGUCUUCAGCUUCUGCCCUUCCAGGUGGAGGCAUCAUGGAAACUGGGCAACUGGGCUGACCUGCACAACUACAACAUGAAGGAUCUUUCCAGCAGGAGUUGGUCUGUCAUGCUUGGAAGAAUUUUGCUGGCUGCCAGAGCUAAGAAGGAAGAUGAGUUCCUGCAGCAUCUGCAGAUAGCGCGACAGGAGCAGGUGGGGCCAUUGUCCGCAGCCAGCAUGGAGAUGGGAUCCUACCAGCGAGGAUAUGAACACAUUGUCAGGCUGCACCAGCUGUCAGAGAUAGAGGAAAGUGUGCGAGUGCUGCUGGGUUUCCCUGGCAACGGAGCGCAGGAUGAUGUGGGCUUUCGUGGGGAACACUUGCUGGCACACUGGCGCAUGCGAGUCAAAAUGAUGCAGUCUUCAUUCCGUAUCCAAGAGCCAGUGCUGACGAUGCGUCGCACCCUCAUGUCACUGAGCCAGGAGCAAGGCAGAGACCUUCAUCUUGACCUUGAGAAAGAGAUUGGACACAGUUGGCUGGACAGCGCCAAGACGGCUCAGAAGACUGGUCACCUACAAUCCGCUGCCCGGUUUCUACUGCAGGCCAGUGAGUUUGGCUUGCCGGAAUUCUGCCUGCACAAGGCCAAAUGGCACUGGGAGAAGGAUGAGCAUGAGCAGGCUCUGUCCCUUCUAGAGCAGCAGAUGACAGUCCAUUUCCCCAACAUAGCCCUCAUCAAGGCUGACAACUCUGAGGCAGGCAAGGCAACACGAAGAGUCUAUGCUAAGGCCCUGUUGCUGUAUGGCCGAUACAGCGAGGAGACCUCUCGUAUGGAGAGCAAUGCAAUUGUAAAACAGUACAAGGAGGUGAUAGACAUCGCCCCUGACUGGGAGCAGGGCUACUUCUAUCUGGGCAAGUACUUCGACAAGAUCAUGACCUCCGUACUUGAUGACAAAGAUAGCAUGGACAAGGUCAAACAAGGGGAGUUUUUACUACAUGUAGUGAAGAACCUUGGCACCUCCCUGCGUUAUGGCAACACAUUCAUCUAUCAGUCAUUACCACGGUUACUGAGUCUAUGGCUUGAUUUUGGGUCUGCAGUCGUUGAGCAGGAGAAGAGAGAGAUGGCCAAGCCGUCCCCAUCAUCAACACUGCAAAAGAACAGGACUAUACUGGCUAAACUCAACAAUAUGGUGGGUACAUUUGGCAAGACAUUGGCUGCCUAUCAGCUGUUCUUUACAUUCUCCCAGCUGACCUCCCGUAUCUGCCACGCCCACCAAGAGGUUUUUGAGGUACUCAAGACGAUCAUCGCCCGCCUGGUGGUGGCAUUCCCUCAUCAGGCUCUCUGGCUCCUUAUGGCUGUUUCCAAGUCCUCCAACAGUAACAGAGCAAACAGAAGUCAGGAAAUCUUUGCCACAGUACGGGAGUUGAAGCCAGAGCUGCAGAAGAUGAUACAGGACUACACGAAGCUCACAGAGCGCCUCCUGGAACUCUGUGAGAAGGACAUCCCCUCUGGCAAACUCAUCACUAUCAGUCAGUACUUCAGGUCACUCAAACGACUCUUUGAGGACAGUUCAUUCAGUGAGAUCCUGGUGCCCCUCCAGUGCCUGAUGACAGUGAAUCUGCCUCUCUGCUCAGACACCAGCAUGGAGCAUGAUCCCUUUCCAGCCAACCUUGUCUACAUCAGAGGCUUUGAUGACAAUGUGGAGAUCCUUUCAUCUCUCCAGAAGCCCAAGAAAAUCACACUGAAGGGAAGUGAUGGGGGGAACUAUGUAAUGAUGUGCAAACCAAAGGAUGACUUGAGGAAGGACUGCCGGCUGAUGGAGUUCAAUGGCAUUGUUAACAAGUUCUUACGCAAGGACCCUGAGUCAAGAAAGAGAUACCUCUACAUCAGGACAUACACUGUGGUGCCCCUAAAUGAGGAGUGUGGACUGCUGGAGUGGGUGCCCAACACACGGGGCCUGCGACACAUCCUCGACACCCUCUACAAGGAGCGAGGCAACCGCAUGACCCACACAGAAAUACGUGCAGCCAUGCCAACACUGCAGGCCUCCAAGGAGGAAAAGUUAAAGGCAUUCAAAACCAAGCUGUUACCACGACAUCCACCUGUUUUUGGGGAAUGGUUCCUAAGGACCUUCACUGACCCAACCUCAUGGUACAAUGCAAGGCUGGCAUACUGUAAGACAGUGGCAGUAAUGUCCAUGGUGGGCUACAUACUGGGCCUGGGAGACCGACACGGAGAGAACAUCCUCUUUGACUCGACCUCGGGAGACUGUGUGCACGUAGACUUCAACUGUCUUUUCAACAGGGGUGAGACAUUUGAGUGGCCAGAGAAAGUUCCAUUCCGACUAACCCAUAACCUCAUCCAUGCCAUGGGACCACUGCGCUUGGAAGGCAUCUACAGGCGAACAUGUGAGGUUACACUGCGAGUCAUGAGGAAGGAAUCAGAACCACUCAUGAGCGUUUUGAAGCCGUUUAUCUAUGACCCCCUUGUGGAGUGGAGCAAGCCAGUGCGGGGCCAGAGACAGGCACCCAUACAGAGCACAGGGGAAAUCACCAAUGAACAGGCAAGGACCCAUGUGCACUCCAUUGAGGAGCGUCUUCAGGGCAUCAUGAGCAAGGGAACCAAGCGCAGUGGUCUGGCUCUGUCUGUGGAGGGGCAGGUGAACCACCUCAUCCAGGAGGCCACUGACGAGAAUAACCUCGCUCAGAUGUUCAUAGGCUGGGCUGCCUACAUGUGAAUUCUCCUCUCCCAUAUAUUCUUGAAAAGUUAUGUUGCACCCUGCAACUUUUUCUUGAUUAUAUCAUGGCUUUGCAGGUUUUUGCCAAACUGUUAGUGUAUAAGCUAUACUAGAUUUAACAGGUAUGUUUGAAUGUUGCCAGUUUUCUCUUUAAAGACAUGUGUUCGAACGCAUAUGUGUUGUCUGUUGUUUAUACUGUUGGCUGUGUGCUUAAUGGGGAAUGUAUUCACCUACGGACUCUUAGUCUUAAGUAAAGAAUAUUAAUUAAACGGGAAUGUUCUAAAGCUGCUUUAAAGUUAUAUUAAGCAUUUCUGUGAACACAAUAAAUAAGAUUAUUCAUUUUAGCCUGUAAAUAUUCAAACUCUGAAUCGUGUUUUCUCAGUUCUAAGUCUGUUCUGUAUUCUUAAGUGUUAGAAUGUGUUGAUGAAUACAGGCCCAGGACCCAUACCUGGUGAUUGUCUGUUUUGCUCAUUUGAGCACAUCAUGCUCAUGUUGAGCUUUUGUCCGUCGAGGGUCGCUAACAUUUUUUUGAUAACGCUUAUUUUCCAAUCUUUAUCAAAUUUGGUCACAAUAUUGUCCCAAUUAGGUAAUAAAAACACUAGGUGAAAUUUAAAAAAUUAUAUUGUUAGGUUUUGGAGUGAGUCACAUUUAUAGUCGAUUCUUCAUGAAGCUUGGUCAAAUCAUUUGUUCUAAUGUCAUGAUGUAUCAGCUGAGUUCAAAAAUGGGUCCAGUUCGACGAAAAUCAUGGCUGCCAGAAGACGGGGCAGUUUACCUUAGAUGGCUAUAAUGAAACAUUGUUAACACUCGAGAAGUCACAUUUUUGUCCAAUGUUCAUGAAAUUUUGUCAGAAGAAUUGAUCCUAUGAUAGCUCGGCCGAAUUAGAAAAUGAUUUUUUUUAAACAUUUCAGAAAGGGGGCGGGUCAGUUUUCCGUUUAUGGUUUUAGUGAAAUCUUGUUAACACUAGAAGUCACAUUUUAGUCCAAUCUUCAUGAAACUUAGUCGCGGUCAAUUAUAUGGCCAUUGUGAAAUCUUAUUAAGGCUCUUUUUGGCCACAUGUAUGGUGAAAUGUUCUUGAAACUUGGUCAGAAUAUGUGUCCCAAACACAUCUCAGCUGAGUUUGAAACUGUGUCAAAAAUCAGUUACGAAGUAAAAUUAACAAGAAUUAUGUUUAAAAAAUGUAUUCGGCGUAUAUAAUGACUUAGAAAUAAAGAAAGAAAAUUUA